AUGGCGACUUCUCAGCCUCCCCUCCGCUUCACCUCCCACCAUAAUUUUGUCUACCGUCUGGUCUUCGCCACGCUCACCGGCCGGACAGUCCACAUCUCGCAGAUACGCUCGUCGAAUCCUACGAAUCCCGGUCUUGCGCCGCACGAAAUCUCCUUCCUCCGUCUCCUGGAGAGCGUCACCAAUGGAUCGCAGAUGGAAAUCUCCUACACCGGUACCAUUCUCGUUUACAAACCGGGUCUGAUCACCGGAUGCGGCGCCGGCGUGGGCGGCGGCAGCAGCAGCGUGGUCACCCACGAACUCCCAGCCGGAUGCACGCGCGGCGUGAGCUAUUUCCUCCUCCCGCUAUGUCUUCUGGCCCCUUUCUCCAAGGCGCCCAUGCGCGUGCUCUUCACCGGCCCCGGCGUGAUUACCUCGGCCACCCCGACCGGCGACAUGUCCGUGGACAGCGUCCGCACCGCCAUUCUCCCGUUGUUCAACCAAUUCGGCAUCUUCAACAACAUCGAGCUGCGGAUCCUGCGCCGGUCCAACCCGGGUCCCAACGGCCGCGGUGGCGGCGGCGAGGUGCAGCUGGUCUUUGGCCAUCAGGUGCGUCUGCCCAAGACUCUGCACCUUAUGAACCCCGGCCGUGUCAAGCGCGUUCGCGGUGUGGCCUACUCGGUCGGCGUGUCGGGUUCCAACAACGCUCGCAUGAUCGAAGCCGCCCGCGGCGUCCUCAACCCGCUCGUCCCGGAUACCUAUGUGUUCUCUGAUGUGGCGGCUGCGCCGCUGGUGCCGGCACCGGAGAAGAACAACCCGGCUGCGAAGAAGAAGAUUGGUCUGGGCUUUGGCCUGUCGUUGGUCGCGGAGUCCUCAACGGGGUGUUUGUUCUCGGCGGAUAUGAUCUCCCCGCCGUCGGGUGGUGAGGCGCCCGAGGACAUCGGUAAGCGGUGCGCGUACCAGCUGCUGGAGACGAUUUCGAAAGGUGGUUGUGUCGCGCCAGCGGCGGUACCGACGAUGCUGGGGCUGAUGACGAUGGGGUCGGAGGACGUCGGUCGUAUUCAGAUGGGCCGCGAUGUCAUCGCCGAUGAGAGUGUUAUCCAGUUAGCGCGGGAUCUGACCAAGUUUGGUGCGCCUGGUUGGGGUUUGAGGGAUGCGGCGGAUGAGAACGACCGCGGCGACGUGGUUGUCAGUGUGGUGGGCCGUGGAAUUGGCAACGUUGGACGGAAGGUCGCCUGA